AAACGACCUAAGAACAGGAAGUGAGGCUUUUUAGAGAGGACAUCCUUUUCUGUUCUUUCUACAGGGAGCGAGGGUUGCUGUCGUUGGGAGGAAAAUGGGCUUCAGGUUGAGGGAUCAGACCUAUGUUCUGGCAGAGGAUUACGUUCUUCACCGUAUUGGAAUCCAACGGUUGCCUCCCAGCAAAAAAGCCGAAAUGAUGCGCAGACUGGCCGAAGACAUGGAGAAGCAGUACCAGCCUCGGUUUAACUCCAUUCUGCAGAGUUUUAUUACCCAAUGUAGAUCUGAUCCCUGUUCUACACUCUUGCAGGUCAUUGAGGAGCUAGUAGGAGAUGGAAAGUUAAACUGGGGACGGAUUGUCAGUCUAUUCACUUUCACAGGAUUACUGGCAAAUGAACUUUAUUCACAAGGUUUAAGUUUGGACUGCUGUAAAAGCCUGGCAAAAACAGUUGCUGAUUAUCUAGGGGGUGAAAAACAAGAAUGGCUGGCACAAAAUGAAGGCUGGGAUGGGUUCUGCAAGUUUUUCCAGACUCCCAAAGAUGAGUCCUCAAUGAAGACUGCACUUUUUGCUGCGGCUGGGGUUGGAAUAGCAGGGAUAGCAAUCCUCCUGGUCCGAUAGGCCAGUUCUGCCAUUAUGAUAUUACUUACUUAAAUACAAAAAAAUUGCAAUAAAUGUUUCUCCAUCUGUGUUUUUUUUUUUUUUUUGUGUGUUCUGUUCUUUAACUCACUCUGGUGGUUGGUUGUGCAGUAGAGUCUGGCUUUUUAACACUGGGGGUCAAGGAAGUUCAGCCCACAACCAUAGCACUGCACAAAACAGCCACGCAAUUUGGUAAAGAUGGCAUCCGCAUCCCAGUUUUAGGCAUCAGUGGUCACAGAUCCUGAAAUCAGUGCUAAAAAGUAAAAGAAAAUGCACUUUUAAGGUUAUUGGGAGCAGUCUAAUUUGAGUUUUCCUCCAUGAAUGCCCAUUAAGAAAUGUAUUAAAGUACAGUAGUAUUUUAGGCUAUUCUGCAAUCUGUAACUAUGAUACCAAGAAACUUAGUCACACUUUAAAACAAGCAUGUUGGUGACAUUCGUCCCCUGCUACUCUCUAAAUUCAAAGUUAGUCGUCAAUUACAUGACAGUGUUGACCACUACGUGUAAGUGUACAGGUAGGUUUCACUUACAGAAAGACAAACACGGUGCCUCUACAGCCAGUACUGCCAGAUCCUGAUACGCAGCAGCAGUUAUGAUGCACAGUUCAUCCCCAAGUCUAUGUUAGUCACUUUGGAUAAAAGUGUCUGUUAAAUGGAAUAUAAUUCUAUUUGGCUUACUGGUGUUAAUGGUCUGAAUUUGUAAUGUCAUUUUCUUAUCAGUUUCUAUUUUACAAAGCCAUGGUUUUGCUACUGUACAAAAAAAAACACAGAAGGUUAUAACAUUGAUUUAAUAUCCAGGACCUUCCUAUUUAAACCCUUAAUGUACUUUUAUUUGUUAAAUACAGCAUUAAACUGCUUGAAUGGCUGCGCUUUAGAAACCAAACAUACCCAACCUGUCUAGAAUUGUUUGGAAUGAAUUUGUCUUUCUCACUAUGAUAUUUAUUUAUAUUUUGAAACUAUUUUUUUUUUUUUUUUUAUGAAUACUGGAUAUUUUUAAUACAGAGCCCCUAUUUUCCACCAAGUUAUUUAUUGAUACAAUUCUGUCUUUUUCUUAAUAGAAUAAAAUAUCGAAAACUUCAA